GAACCAGUCGUGUGCGUGUGUGAGUGUCUCGCUGCGUGCGAGUGUGUGUGUGUGUGCAUAAAAAGGCAUAGAGGCAAGAAGGAGUGAAAGAGAGAGCCAGAAAUUGUUAGUGCUUAUAAGGAUAUAUAUAGUGAGGAGGGAGAGAGAGAGAGAGCGACGGAGAGAGAAGAGUGCGAAGAAGCAGCAGCGACGCCGACAACAACUCUCUUGAAUGCUGAAAAACUGAAAGAGUUGAAGGCCCAAGACGAUAACUCCAUUCCCCUGUGGAACACACAGCCCACAGAUCUCUACCGAUCCAUAUAGAGAAACAUCUAUAUAAUAUAUCAUAUUAUAAUAAACGCAGGACGCAAGGGGGAAGAGAGACGAAGGAAGGACGAAGCGAAGGAGGACGCGCCCCUCUCGUUUCCCGCCCAGCCAACAGCCGUGUGAAAGCGUCUUGAAUGGAUCCAUUUGUUGGCUGGUUUCAGAAGGAACAGGAGGGACCAUCGCUGCGCACAUGGUUAAAGAUUUGGGAGACGAAUGCCCAGGAGAUGGGCGCAUUGCUUGAUCAACAGCUACAGCAGGCGACGACGACCAACGGCAGCAGCAGCAGCAGCAACAAUAAUAGCAGUAGCAACAACAACAACAAUUCUACUACCAAUAAUAUUGGUAACAAUUUAACGGGCAAGCCCUAUUUAUCGCGACCCAACAGCUCGCUAAAUCGAUUGCUGAAUUUCCGCGGCGAUUCUGUAGAGAACGGAACCACUCAGCGGAACAGUUCAGCGGCUGAUUCCACCACAAAUCGGGAUAACAGCUCACCCACCAACAGCAGUUCAACCAACGGACCCGGAACAGCAGGAGGAUCAGGAGGAGGAGGAGGAAGCGGAUCCAAUAGUCCGGCCAACACAGCUGCUGCCACCACAACGACUGGGCCACCAGCCACUAGCAACAGCAGCAGCAGCAACAGCAUGAGUGACACUAGCAACAACCCGCCACAGACAACGACAACGACAACAACCACGCCCGCCGCCAGUCGCACGAACAACAGCAUCUACUACAAUCCGUCGCGGAAGAAACGGCCCGAGAACAAAGCAGGCGGCGGUGGGCAUUACUAUAUGAACAACCACAUGGAGAUGAUAGCCAAAUACAAGGGUGAACCGUGGCGCAAGCCAGACUAUCCGUAUGGCGAGGGCGUUAUUGGGCUGCACGAGGAGAUCGAGCACUUCUAUCAGUAUGUCCUGCCCACGCCCUGCGAACAUGCCAUUCGGAACGAGGUGGUCAAGCGCAUCGAGGCCGUUGUCCAUUCCAUCUGGCCACAGGCGGUGGUCGAGAUCUUUGGUUCCUUUCGCACCGGCCUCUUUUUGCCCACCUCCGACAUUGAUCUCGUUGUGCUAGGUUUGUGGGAGAAACUGCCGCUGCGCACGCUGGAAUUCGAGCUAGUGAGCCGCGGCAUCGCCGAGGCCUGCACAGUUCGUGUCCUGGACAAGGCAUCCGUGCCCAUCAUCAAGCUGACGGAUAGGGAGACGCAAGUGAAGGUAGACAUAUCGUUCAACAUGCAGAGCGGCGUUCAGUCGGCGGAGCUAAUUAAGAAGUUCAAGCGCGACUAUCCGGUGCUGGGGAAGCUGGUGCUGGUGCUCAAGCAGUUCCUGCUGCUGCGCGAUCUCAACGAGGUGUUCACCGGCGGCAUCUCGUCCUACUCGCUGAUCCUCAUGUGCAUCAGCUUCCUGCAGAUGCAUCCGCGUGGCAUUUACCACGAUACCGCCAAUCUGGGUGUGCUGCUCCUCGAGUUCUUUGAGCUUUACGGCCGUCGUUUCAACUACAUGAAGAUUGGGAUCUCGAUCAAGAACGGCGGACGGUAUAUGCCCAAGGAUGAGCUGCAGCGCGACAUGGUCGACGGCCAUCGGCCAUCGCUUCUCUGCAUCGAGGAUCCGCUGACGCCGGGCAACGAUAUCGGACGCAGCAGCUACGGGGUCUUUCAGGUGCAGCAGGCCUUCAAGUGCGCCUACCGCGUCCUCGCCCUCGCCGUUAGUCCGCUCAACCUCCUCGGCAUCGAUCCACGGGUCAAUUCCAUACUGGGUCGAAUCAUCCACAUCACCGACGACGUAAUCGACUACCGCGAAUGGAUCCGCGAGAACUUCGAGCAUCUGGUGGUGGUGGACCGCAUCUCGCCGCUGCCCACCGCACCCGCUGCGUACGCCGCCUCGAAUGGGGCGCCCAAAUAUGUGAUCAUGCCCUCGGGCGCCGUUGUCCAGCAGCUGUACCACCAUCCGCAGCAGGUGCAGGUGCAAACCACAGCCCACGGAGGGCAUAGCCAUAGCCAUCACGGCCAUUUGCAUCCGCUUGGCCAGCCGUUUGUCACCGGAACAGCUGCUGCAUCUGGGGCGACAACGACGACGUCGUCGACGACGGUGGCGUUGGUUGGCGGAGUGGCCAUCUCAGCCGGCGGAGGAGUCCAACAGCAGCAGCAGCUGCAGCAACAGCUUCAGCAGCAGCAACAGAAUGCCACGAAUGCCCAUUCCCAUGCGCAGUCGCAGCAGUCGCAGCAGAACCAAUCGCAGUCGCGUCACAGACGUGGCAGCACCUCCUCUGGCGAUGAUUCCGAGGACAGCAAAGACUGCGAUGUGGUCGAGACGACGACGUUGACGGGCGGACAGGAGGUCAUCGAUAUCACGCUGUCGCCGCCGAAUGGCCUCGGCUCCUCCAUGCCGGUGCAGCCGAGCAAUUGGAGUGCCGGUGGCAAUGGAAACAUCAACAGCAGCUCAUCCUCGUCGCCGGAAAACAACGCCGCCGCAACGCAGGAGAUGGUGGACCCAGAGAUGGAACCAGAUCAGCAGCAGCAGCAGCAACAGCAGCAGCAUCAUCAGCAACAUCACCACCAAGAGACUUCCGGAGUUAGUAGUGCCUCCUCCUCCUCCACUGGAGGAGGCUCUGGACGCAACUACAAUCAGCGCGGCAACCACAAUUCCAGUGGCUACUACCACCAGCAGUACUACGUGCCACCGCCGAUGCAACAGCAGCAGCAGCAGCAGCUGAGCAAGUCCAAUUCAAACUCCUCCUCCUCCAACUAUCACCAGCAGCACCAUCACAGCCAUAGCAACCAUAGUCACCGGCAGCAGCAGCAGCAACAUCACCACCAGCAACAGCAGCAGCAUCACCAGCAGCGACCGCAGCAUUUGCGACUGGGCGGCAAUCGCUACCAGAAAUCGGUAGGUGGAUCGCCCACCAUCAGUGCAUCGAACAGCAGCAGCAACAGCAGCAACAGUAGCAGCACCAGCGGGAGCAACAGCAACAACAAUCGACUGCCGCCGCUGCGAGGGACGCUGGUGAACUCGUCGUCGGCUAUAUCAAUCAUUUCCAUAUCCUCAGAAUCAUCCAUUGCCAGCAGCAGCAGCAGCUCCUCGCGAUCCGGUCAGGAUCAGCAGCAGAACGAGCGGGAUGAGCGAUAGGAUUAGGCUGUAGGAUGUAGGAUGUAGGAUCUAGGAUCUAGGCUACAGGAAGAGAUUGUGAAUGAGAGAGAGAAAGAGAUAGUUACGAGUUAGCAAUAUUUAUGGAUUAUAUUUCUUUCUCAGGUUAACUGCAAACUAUGCUGCAUUUUUCUAAUUAAUAUUCCUGCUCCUGCUCCUCACUUCCUGCCUUCACCUCCUCCAAAUCCCACAACAAACUAAUGUUUAGACUUUAUUUUACAUUGCUGUCUCGCUUAAAUUAGAAGAGCGAAGGAAACCUAUUAAGCUUAAUAUUAGGAACUUUGCCUCUGAUUUCGCUAAAUGUAUUUCAUUUUGUUUCUAAAAUAAACAUGAAAGCAAACAACAACAAAAAAAACAAGAAAGCAAAAAAAAAAAUAUAUAUAUAGAUAUAUAUUAGAUAAAAACGGUAUAAAUAUAAAUGUAAACUCAUAAUUAGAUUGUAAUGGUUUAAAAGAGCGAUAAACUGAAGUAUGAAAUUAGCUGCUAACAUAUUUAAGGUCCGCAAACAUAUGUUUCUAAAUCUCUCUAGAGCUCCAACCCCCCCGCAUCCAAUGUAGUUUCCCUAAAGGCUCUACGUUUCAAGCAAAUGUUUUGUAAACUAAAAAUCCAACCCGCACUCCCUAAAAAAAAAAACAAAAAACGAAAAUACUGCGCGCAAUUCUUACGCUAAUAUUACUAAGUGAAUUUGCGCGCAAAUUGUAAAAAAAAAAAGUAACAUAUAUAUACGAAAAGCUAAAAAUCCCAUUUUUCCUACCAUCUUCCUCGUAACCUAACCUACUCAUAAACUUCUUCUAUUUUACUUCAAGUUAAUUUUAUGCCUGAAAUGUAUAUGUUUUUAUGAUUAUGAUUAUGCUUACCAUUAUUACUAUUUUGAUUACGAUGCUUAUUAUUAGUUUUUAUAACUAAGCUCAGAGGAUAACGAGCCAACUAAAAUUGUAAUUAAACACAUUGCUCAGACCUAAAAAGCAACUCUACUUUUAAGCAGAAACAAACAAAAAAAAACCAACACAAAAACGACAAAAAAAAAACAAAAACCUACAACAACAAGAAACGCAUCUUUUGUUUAAACUUACUGUACGUUUAGUUGAUUAUUAUGAUUAUGCAAUGUUGUGCAUUUCGCAUAGAUUCCUGCCAUUUGUUUUGUAUAGUUCACAAAGCUCUGUAAAUACUUAGUUACCGCCCCCCGCCCCGCCCACUGUGACACCCCCACCCGCUCCCGCCCCCUCUAAACGCACUGCCAUUUUGAGAAAGGUUUUUAAAAAACACGUCGAAAAGGAGCUAGCAGAAAAAAAAGAGUAGAAAAGAACAUUUAGACUUUGUACAUGUAUAACAUUUUAGGCUGUUCUUCUUUCCAUUUGUAAGAGAAAACAAAGAAA